CCUACUUGUUGUUCUAAACUGAUCUCAAAACGUGCAACGGCUCCGCCCGCGGCUCAGCAAUAGAUAUUAAUCGAGCGCACACUUCGCUAUGCGCCAAGCGGUGACAGUUCCGCUAGCUUGCUAACAGGUAAAUAAAACUGGUUAGUAAUGGCGGAGAACAGCGGUAAUAUUAAUGUAAAUCCAGCCAACCUUCCUCCCGGAGAUCCGCAGCUCAUCGCUAUGAUUGUGGAGCAUCUGAAGAACCGAGGGCUUUUUGACGAAUUUCGCCGGGACUGUUUAGCCGACGUCGAUACGAAGCCCGCCUACCAGAACCUGCGGCAAAAAGUUGACAACUUUGUGUCGUCGCACCUGAGCACGCAGGAGUGGAACCCGUCCAUCAAUAAGAACCAGAUGAGAAACGGACUCAGACAAAGUGUUGUUCAAUCAGGUAUGCUGGAGUCUGGCGUGGACAGAAUAAUAACUCAGGUCGUGGAUCCCAAGAUGAACCACACAUUCAGGCCUCAAAUAGAGACCGCCGUUCAUGAAUUCCUCUCCUUAGACGGGAAAGAAGAGAGCAGCUCAAGUCUGAAUCCUGCGCCAUGUGAGCCAACAGAAACUCAGGAGCCCCCUGGUGUCUCUGGGCCCAAAACCCCCUGAGAGGCUCUCUACAAGCUGAUUUAAAUUGAAAGGACAGCAUCAAAAUGUUUUGAAAUGGAGUUAAGAAAUCUUCUUUUCUUGCUGAAGAUGCACAUACUGGACGUUGCUGGAUGGUGAAUCUGUAAAACUGCGUUGAAACCAUUAAAGGAAACGGAGUUUAAUAAAAAGGUUUCAUGCCUGCACACAGCUGCAGCUAAAAAGGCUGUAGGAUGCAAGUGCUUCUGCUCUGCCUUUUCGAUUUUCUGUUUUUUGUUUUCUUUUUCUAGUACAAUCUUUAUGUGAAAUUGCACAAAUUUUUGACUGUGUGUGUAUAUAUAUAUAUAUAUA